CAUGUCCGGGGAAAAGAGGACGUAUGGUCAGUCUAUGCAGGCUUGCAUGUGUUUGAUUUAAUUUAUUCAGCAACAUAUGACUUCCUCUACAAGCCUUUCAGGCAAAGUAAAAAUCAGUUUGCCUGAAAACACCCACAGGCAACUCAAUGUUGGACGAUUUCGAAACACAACCUGGCUAAAGAUGAACAUUCCGCUGAGUUCUGAGACGGAAAGUCGAUUGUCCCGCUUCCCAACACAGGUUUAUCAGGGAGAAACUUCAUGCUGCUUGGGUUUGGAGUGUCUUGAGUCUGGAUGGAAAUGUGUCGAACUGACAUAAAACAGAAGAAAGAAGCUCUGAUGAGAGACUGAUUGUGAAGAUUGCUGAUGGUGAGGAGUGUCUUCUCACUUGAUAGACAUGUUUCUCUGGAGUCUUCUGCCAAUUUCCCUCUCCUUAGUGUCCUUCAUUGGAACGUGGACUAUAUAUGGCUUGGCCUACUCCAACCAACAUGUGUGCUCACUCAACGACUGGACGGGAGAACACUUCUGCAAAGGCAAUCUCACACCUGGAUGCUGCAAGGUUCCCACCCUAAGCACGAGCGGCACGUACGCCCCGGAGAAUUCACUUUUCACCGCCACCAUCAACGCCUCGUCCUUUCUUUUUCUGCUCUUGGUGAUAUUCCACCAUGCGCACAUUCUGGAGAAACAUGCGUGUUACUCCAUGAUGAGCAAGCUGGCGCUGAUCUUCGGCGUGGUGGCCUCGUUAGGUGCGUUCGCCGCUGGGAACUGCAACCCUGGUUCCCUGCCCCUGCUGCACUACGUGGGAGCCGCCAUCAGUUUCCUGUGCAUCUGCUUCUACACCGUCCUGCUCACGGCACUCACCAGCCGAUGUCAACUGAGUGGAUAUGAAUCGGUUCUGUACCCCACACGCAUCAUCCUGACGGUGCUACAAACCAUUGCCACCAUCUGCUACACGUUUUUCUUCGCCCACCACGAGUACCACUACGUCCACAUGUCUGCAGUCUCCGAGUGGAUCCUCAGCGUCAACCUGGAGCUGUUUGAGCUCAGCUACGCCGUGGAGUUCUGCUUCUUCUCCUCCUACAUGAUCUCAAAUCUGUACAGCCAGCGAGACGAGGACAGACCCUUCGUGUUGACCAUGUCCUGAUACCAGGCUGAUACAUAGUCGUUAUGAUAUAGUAUGUUUGACUGAACCUUUACUGGCAUCUAUUAGCUUCAUGAACAUAAUGUAGUCCCUGGAGGUCUCUUUAUGUUCAUCUUGUACUGUGUACAAACUCCGCCAACAGAACAACUCUACUGAACGACCACGUUAGGCACAAUCGCACUUCCACUAUUCUGCCUUAGGAGAGAACGAAGCUCACGUUUGAUUCACGACGACGUUUAUUAAUGUAUGCGACUGUUAUACUUUUUUUUUUCUUUUUCACUACAAUCAGCUCAAUGGUAACAUUCAAGUUUAUUUAACUCUCUUGUAGUAUUAUAUGUGUGAUCCAUUAUGUUGACGUCCUAAUAAACAUGUUUCAAUCUG